UCCGCACAAGCCCGCGUCCCGCGCCGCGCCCCCGCGCCAGUAGCUCCGGCGGCCGCAGGACCAGCGGCGGCCCGGCAACCCCCGCCACAUCUCCGCGCCCGUAGCCGCUCGCCGCGCCGCCUUCCGCACCCCAUCAUGUCGGUGGCAGGGUUGAAGAAGCAGUUCCACAAAGCCACUCAGAAAGUGAGUGAGAAGGUUGGGGGAGCUGAAGGCACCAAGCUGGAUGAUGACUUCAAGGAGAUGGAGCGGAAAGUGGAUGUCACCAGCAGGGCUGUGAUGGAAAUAAUGACUAAAACAAUUGAAUACCUUCAGCCCAAUCCAGCCUCCAGAGCGAAGCUCAGCAUGAUCAACACCAUGUCAAAAAUCCGUGGCCAGGAGAAGGGGCCAGGCUAUCCUCAGGCGGAAGCACUGUUGGCAGAGGCCAUGCUCAAGUUCGGCAGGGAGCUGGGUGAUGAUUGCAACUUUGGUCCGGCUCUUGGUGAGGUAGGAGAAGCCAUGAGGGAGCUCUCGGAGGUGAAGGACUCUUUGGACAUGGAGGUGAAGCAGAACUUCAUCGACCCCCUUCAGAACCUCCACGACAAAGAUCUGAGAGAAAUUCAGCAUCACCUGAAAAAGCUGGAAGGCCGGCGCUUGGACUUUGAUUACAAGAAGAAACGACAAGGCAAGAUCCCAGAUGAAGAACUUCGCCAGGCCCUGGAGAAAUUUGAUGAAUCUAAAGAAAUCGCCGAGUCAAGCAUGUUUAAUCUCUUGGAGAUGGAUAUUGAACAGGUGAGCCAGCUCUCUGCCCUUGUACAAGCCCAGCUGGAAUACCACAAACAAGCAGUACAGAUCCUGCAACAAGUCACUGUCAGGCUGGAGGAAAGAAUAAGACAAGCUUCAUCUCAGCCCAGAAGGGAAUAUCAGCCAAAACCUCGAAUGAGCCUAGAGUUUGCCACUGGAGACAGUACUCAGCCCAACGGGGGUCUCUCCCACACAGGCACACCCAAACCUGGAGGUGUCCAGAUGGAUCAGCCCUGCUGCCGAGCCCUGUAUGACUUUGAACCUGAAAAUGAAGGGGAACUGGGCUUUAAAGAGGGUGAUAUCAUCACUCUCACUAAUCAGAUUGAUGAGAACUGGUACGAGGGGAUGCUUCACGGCCAGUCUGGCUUUUUCCCCAUCAACUAUGUAGAAAUUCUGGUUGCUCUGCCCCAUUAGGAACCUUUGCUGGCUGGCUCACCUCGUUCUGACCCAGAUAGUUACGUUUAACCACUGCUUUGGUAAUGCCGCUUCCAACACAUCAUGAGUGCAGGCCGCAGUGGAUGAGUCACCAAGCCCACACGUGUCCUGGGUUGACCUGUGUGCUCCUACAGGAGACCCGGUGAUAGACUCUAUCUUCCAGAGCCAGUGGGCCUGGCCUAUGCUUUAAAACACCCGGAGACUAGCCAGUGGUCCCAGAACUGCUCUUUACCCAGUUCUCAGGCGGCUGUGGUUUCUGACAAUAUACACAUGAGCCAUAACACAGAGAAAGUCUCCUCAUUGAAGAUAUUGUCUCUCACCCAGGGGUCCUCUCAAGGUCUCAUGUUCUCCAUGUACAGAGGAGAAAGUCCUUUCUGUUGCACUUUUCCUUCCUAAAUGUGUGAGUCACAGAAUUGUUGGAGAAAACAUCUCCCACCAGCAAAUUGUCUGCUGGUCUAAGCAACUUGGGCUUUUGGUGCCCUCAGCAGAAGUAUUAAUUGUUCAAAGCACUUUUGUUCUCCUACAUCUAUCUAUCUAUCUAUCUAUCUAUCUAUCUAUCUAUCUAUCUAUCUAUCAUCUAUCUAUCUAUCUAUCUAUCUAUCUAUCUAUCUAUGUAUCUAUCAUCAACAUCAUAAUUAUCUAUCUAUCUAUCUAUCUAUCUAUCUAUCAUCAUCAUCAUCAUCAUCAUAUCUAUCUAUCUAUCAUCUAUCUAUCUAUCUAUCUAUCUAUCUAUCUAUCUAUCAUCUAUCUAUCUAUCUAUCUAUCUAUCUAUCUAUCUAUCUAUCUAUCUAUCUAUCAUCUAUCUAUCAUCUACUCCUACUUCUGAGACAUGCCAGUUUUCUUCCCUCCCUGCUGUUCAAGCACUGUGGAGGGGGUUUCCAUUUAUUUCUGAGUGAGUGGGUGAGCAUUCUGUAUAUUGUCUGAAAAGAGAAAAUUCUCCAAGAUGAAUUGGGAGGAAUCUGAUGUCCAAGCUCAGAUUCCUUGCUGUACAGAAGCUGUGUAUAUACAUAGCCCAUUUCUGAAGAAUACAGGAAGGGGGAACAGCUGUCUUCCCUUCUCUGUUUAUUUACCCAGGAAUCAGUCCACUUCCUGAGUCCCUUCGCCACAAAGACAUAGGAGAGAAACACUAGUAAGCAUUUCCCACAUCUUCAUAGAACAAGACAUAGUGACUGUCGCUCCUUCCCACUUUUAUCUUGUUUGUGUUCCUUGAACAUCAUUUGUGUAUGUUCUGCCCUCAAUGAGGACCAAAUAAAGAUGAUUUUGUGCUUAGCAGUUGAAGGUAUGUGGCUGCAAAUAAAAUCCCUUUCUUACCUUAGACAUUACUUUAACCCUUCUAUUGCAUCUUCAUUUCGUGUGUACAGUGCUGUGCAAGCUGAUCAGUGUUGGGUUUUGUUUUGGUUCUUGUUCUCCCUUCAGUUGUGGAAGUCCCGUUAGGCACCCAGAGUUCUAUUUAUCUAGCUGUACAGGCUCUCUCUGAGGUUUAAUGUGCUGCUUCUGAUGUGCCACUUGCGGUAGUGGAUCAUGUGGAGUGAAAGGCAAAUCUUCCUGCUUCAUGUAUGAACUAACCCAUGGGAAGCAUUGCUGUUUCCAAUAAAUGCUGCUGAAGACGAAACAGA